AUGUUGGAUUUUUGUUCUGACAGAUUUUGUAAAGGGUCUUCCCCAACAUCCGACUCGCGCCUCUAUCUUGCCUUACCCCCACGCACUAAUGAACAUUUGGCAGUUCUAUUGCCAAGGAGCCUCUGGAAGCCUGAUUCUCUCGCUACCACAUGUGAUAAUUUUUAUUGCCACAUCAAGUUCUCGGUUCUUGAACGGCGUCAUCAUUGCAGAAAGUGCGGUGGCGUUUUUUGCCACCAGUGCACUACCCGUUCAACCCAUUUGCUUGACGUUUCCAAUCUUGAUUUCCUUCAUCCUCCGCGGAAUGUGCCCGUCUCAAAUUACGAUAGUCCAACGUCACCAGUUCUCGUACAGAAGGUCUGCGACGACUGUUGGGACCAGAUCUACGGCUGCAAUUCCCCUCGCACUCCAGACGGCAGACCAUCCACUCCUAUGCUUGUCAAGUCUCCGGUAGAUUCUAGAGCUCCCUCUCCCAAUUCGUCUGUUUGUGCAUCUCCUGUGGACAGCCCAGCACCCCCCUCUCGGCCCGUUCGCAUUUCCCGGAGCUCAUCUCAUUUCAGCACCGGACAUCUUCCAUUACCCACUUCUAUCUUAUCUCCUACUGAAUUCGAGGUCCCCCAACCAUCAUACGGCGAACUAGAUGCAUAUCCACUACGGAGGUCCAGUAUUAUUUGUAAGGCAACAGGCGGUGGUCGCUGGGAACCAAAACAUUCACCUCCAAAGAUCGGUGUCCGGAUACCUGGGUACAAGGCACCGUACGAAAUUGAAAUGGAACGAGAAGAACAAGAAGAACGUCGUCGCUGUCAGAAUCCCGUUGUACGAGAUGGAGAGUUUCAAUAUCGAUUCCGGCAGGACCGGGUUGCGGCUAGUCUUUCCCGCACUGCUUUGUGUUUCUCCACUUUCUAG